AUGAAUCCCGAACACCAUAACAUCAAUACAGGUGGCGGUCAACCUGGUAAUUCAGAGGCACAAAAUCAAAGGGUUUCAUCUGCUCAACAACAACAACAGUCGACCAAUAAUUUGACUCCCACAACUUCUGCUACCGAUUUGCGAGUUAACUCGGCUGCUGUAAAUGUAGCUUUGUCAAGCGUCGCGAAAUAUUGGGUGUUCACAAAUUUAUUUCCCGGUCCUAUACCUCAAGUUUCUGUAUAUGGCUUACCUACCAACACAAGAAUUGAAAAUGGAAAACCUGUGCAGGACCUUGGCCAAGCUCAUGCAGGUCUUCUGAAUGGUGAUCCAAACCUUAUACUUGGUCAACAUGCAGGACAACCACAAUUAUCUGUAUCUGGACCUGGUGGUCAACAAAUACCUGUGACACAAAUAAUUGCAACACAGUUGCAAUCUGGGCAGACUCAUGAGUCACUGGUGGCUCACAAUCAGCAACAAGAUCUUACUUCUCAGCAAGGCUCAGGCAAUGGAUCACAGGUCUCGGUUAACAAUGGCCAGCCCUCUCAUCAGCAGGUACCCAAUAAUCGGGUCGAGUUUAUACAACACCAUAACAUUGAUAUGGGGCAUCAUUCACAACAGCAUUCAUUGCAGCAACAACUUAUGGCAGCCACUCGUCCAGAGCAUGCAAAUCAACAGAUUCAGCUAACUGUAAGUGAAGAUGGCAUUGUAACUGUGGUAGAGCCCGGUGGAAGCAAGCUUGUUGAUAAAGAUGAACUACAUGAAGCUAUUAAAAUGCCGACAGACCAUACCUUGACAGUUCAUCAGUUACAACAAAUUGUUGGCCAUCAUCAGGUAAUUGAUAGUGUGGUUCGCAUCGAGCAAGCAACUGGAGAACCAGCAAAUAUACUUGUUACACAGAAUCCUGAUGGAACAACUUCAAUAGAAACAAGUGCUGCAGAACAGCUUAUAGUGAAAGAUGAGAAAAAUGUAGGGAAAAUUGAAUCUGCCCAAUUCGCAAUACCUACAGAUAUAAAAGAUAUCAAGGGUAUUGACCUAAAGAGUGUAGGGGCAAUGGGCAUGGAAGGUGCUGUGGUAAAGAUCUCUGCAGGUGCCUCAGAACAUGAUCUUCAUGCAAUGUACAAAGUAAAUGUGGAGGAUCUUUCACAACUGCUGGCAUACCAUGAAGUAUUCGGUAAAUUGAAUACCGAAAAUCAACAGCAAGCCAAGGUUAUAAGUGAAGUGGGAGUAGAGGCCGGUACUAGUGCUACCAUAUCAGAAACAGACUCCUCUCCUGGCCAUCAUUCCUGUGACAUUUGUGGAAAAAUAUUUCAAUUUCGUUACCAACUUAUUGUUCACAGACGAUAUCAUGGUGAAAGUAAGCCCUACACAUGUCAAGUAUGUGGCUCUGCAUUUGCUAAUGCAGUUGAACUAUCGCGUCAUGGAAAAUGUCACCUAGCUGGAGACCCUGCUGAGAGACAAGCAAAAAAAUUAACACAAGACAAACCCUACGCAUGCACAACUUGCCACAAAACUUUCUCCCGAAAGGAGCAUCUGGACAACCAUGUUCGAAGUCACACUGGAGAGACACCUUAUAGGUGUCAGUUUUGUGCAAAGACAUUCACCCGUAAGGAGCAUAUGGUGAAUCACGUUAGGAAGCAUACUGGUGAAACCCCACAUCGUUGUGACAUCUGCAAGAAGAGCUUCACCAGGAAAGAACAUUUUAUGAAUCAUGUCAUGUGGCACACAGGUGAAACGCCGCAUCAUUGUCAAAUAUGUGGCAAGAAGUAUACUAGGAAGGAGCAUUUAGUCAACCAUAUGAGAUCUCAUACAAAUGACACUCCGUUUCGAUGUGAAUUGUGCGGCAAGUCAUUUACAAGAAAGGAACACUACACCAAUCACAUACUGUGGCAUACGGGUGAAACACCGCACCGGUGCGACUUCUGUUCGAAGACGUUCACGCGCAAGGAGCACCUGCUGAACCACGUGCGGCAGCACACGGGCGAGUCGCCGCACCGCUGCAGCUUCUGCUCCAAGUCCUUCACUCGCAGAGAGCAUCUCGUCAACCACGUCAGGCAACACACUGGUGAAACGCCCUUCCAGUGCGGAUACUGCCCUAAAGCGUUCACUCGAAAGGAUCACUUGGUAAACCAUGUUCGACAACACACUGGAGAAUCACCUCACAUAUGUUCAUAUUGUACAAAGUCUUUCACGCGCAAGGAACACUUGACUAAUCAUGUCCGUCAGCACACCGGAGAGUCGCCGCAUCGCUGCACCUAUUGCGCUAAAUCUUUCACAAGGAAAGAACAUCUUACUAAUCAUAUCAGACAGCACACGGGCGAAACUCCACACAAGUGCACGUACUGCUCGCGCGCCUUCUCGCGCAAGGAGCACCUCAACAACCACAUCCGGCAGCACACCGGCGACACGCCGCACUCUUGCUCCUAUUGCAACAAGACCUUCAAGCGCAAGGAGCACCUCGUCAACCAUGUUCGACAACAUACGGGUGAGACACCGUUCAAAUGUACAUAUUGUACAAAGGCGUUCUCGCGGAAGGAACAUCUGACGAAUCACAUUCACCUUCACACUGGAGAAACACCACACAAGUGCCCCUUCUGCACCAAAACAUAUUCCAGGAAGGAACAUUUGACCAACCAUGUCAGGAUACAUACGGGUGAAUCGCCACAUCGCUGUGAAUUCUGUGAUAAGACAUUCACAAGGAAGGAACACCUUACCAACCAUUUAAAGCAGCACACUGGAGAGACUCCGUUUCACUGCAAAGUCUGCUCCAAACCUUUCACAAGGAAGGAACACCUUGUAACGCAUAUGAGGGCCCAUAGUUGCGGGGAACGACCUUACAGUUGUGGAGAAUGUGGCAAAUCAUUUCCAUUGAAAGGAAACUUGUUAUUCCACGAACGAUCACAUCAGAAAGGUGGCAGUGGAAGCAAAUUUAGGUGUGAAGUUUGUUCAAAGCACUUCAUUUGUAAAGGGAAUUUAGUAUCACAUCAACGCACCCAUACGGCGGCAGGCGAAACUGUACCGAACAGUGAACAAGUCACAGAAGGCGAGCAAUGCGGUGAUUGCGAUAAAGAGACCACUGAGCAGCCUGAACGUAAACAUGAUAUCAGAACUACAAACGAAAACACUGAAGAAGAUAUCACACAAAACCAACAAAAUAACACUGUUAUGCAAAUAACUAGUCAGCAAGUACGUGCUGGCUCGGCUACAGGCGGGUCCAGUGUUACAACAUUUACCCAUACUUCGGGCACACAACACCACACCGGCAAUGCGAUAUCUCAUCAUCCGGUCACUGUGAACUACUAG